UGCGUCGCGCGUGUUGGGUGUGUUGUACCGCCGCCGCGGUGUGUUGUGCAGUGCCGUGUACAGGGUGCCGAAGUGGCGGGUUUCCUUGCCGCAGGACGGGGGGCCCAUGCCCCCUUUCAUCAGCACCACAUUGGUAAAAGUUAGUGUCCCGUGUCUUAGUUAGACUGUUACGUGGAGUGCGAGUAUGCCGUAUGGAGGACGAGGCGAGGCAGGCGGCGCGAUGGCGUGCGCCGGCUGCGAGAAGCCCAUCCUGGACAAGUUCCUCCUCCACGUGCUGGAGCGCGCAUGGCACGCCGCCUGCGUCCGCUGCGCCGAUUGCCGUGCACCACUUGCUGACAAAUGCUAUUCCAGAGACAACAAACUGUUCUGCCGAAACGAUUUCUUCAGGCGAUACGGUACAAAAUGCAGUGGUUGUGGGCACGGCAUCUCACCGUCGGACCUGGUACGCAAGGCUCGCGAAAAGGUGUUCCAUCUCAACUGCUUCACAUGUCUCGUGUGUCGGAAACAGCUGUCCACCGGCGAAGAGCUCUACGUCUUGGACGACAACAAGUUUAUAUGCAAAGAGGAUUAUCUCGCCGGGAAGGCGCCGACACAGCAUUCGGAUUCACUACUAGGUUCGGGGUCUGAUGAAGAAGAAGAGGAUGAAUCGAGAGCUGCAAACAACUCGAGUAGUCCAGCGCAUGCGCCACAUCCAGCCUUACACUCCGAACUAUCGCAUAACGGAGAUACUAAGCCUCAUGAUGACUCUGAAGACCAGUUGUUUCUCUUCACUUCACAGGGCUCGCUGGACGGGGACCCGGAGACUAGAGACUCUCAAGCUGAGAAUAAGUCCCCUGACGAUGGGAAUGGAGGCUCCAAGCGAAGGGGACCGAGGACUACAAUAAAGGCGAAGCAAUUAGAAAUUCUGAAGUCGGCUUUUUCCCAAACGCCGAAGCCAACGAGGCAUAUAAGAGAACAGCUAGCGAAGGAGACGGGGUUACCCAUGAGAGUAAUACAGGUGUGGUUCCAAAACAAGCGAUCGAAGGAGCGUCGUCUGAAGCAGCUGACAUCGAUGGGUCGGGGUCCGUUUUUCGGAUCGUCCCGCAAGAUGAGAGGGUUCCCAAUGAACCUGUCUCCGGGUGGACUGGAGGACGGCCCUCCGGGGUUUCCGUACUUCGCGACGGCGGAUGGAAAGUUCGAAUUUGGUUAUGGCCCGCCGUUCCACCAUGAUGCGCCAUUCUUCCAUCCACCGCCGGCCAUGCCUUUUAACCAGCCAGGUCGUUUCGCAGGCGGCAUGGAGACUCUUCCUGGCGGGGAGUUUCCCGAGCAGUUCCCGCCCCCGGACCACCUCGUGCUGCCUCGGCCAUCUUCGCCGGAGUUCACGUUCGGCGACGGGCCGCCCCCUCUGCAUCCUGAGGGCUUGGUGUGGUAGCUCAAGCCGGAGCCGCGAGACUUCCACGACUGAUGCGGCUCGACGGGCUAUAAAGUGGACUUUAGCAGUGUUAUUAACUAACAUAUGCGACGAACUAUCUAUAAAAAGACGCAGUGUUGAUGUGAUUUUAGUUUCUGUGAACGUUAAGGAGUCUCCCGCUUUGAAUCAGGUUUGUUUUUUAUGUUAAUGCAGUUAAUGGCUGACCAGUUUGUUUUCUGUUGCUAUUUGGUGCUAUAAAGGUUAAUUUUCCAUGUUCUUUCAUUAGAGCAAUUUUUGAUCGAUUUCGAUCAGAUAUUACUGUAUUAGUCUUUAGGAAGACUUUUUGUGGAAUAUCAAAGUAGGUCUAAUACUUAAUCACCUUUUAAAAAAGUUCGCUAAUCCGUGGACCACACAUUUUUUGUCGCGAAAUUGGAGACUAAUGUUCUUCAUAAACCGUGGUAAAUAUCUCUUUGCUUUUUGAAUCCUUUUAGUUUAAACUUGCUUAAAUAAUAUUAAUCGAUUAUAUUUGUGAAUAAGGAAGACACUGUGAAUAUUAACAUUAUAAUGUACAGAUAGAUAUUGUAAUAGAUAAUUUAUUAAGUUGAAUAGAAAGAAUAAUUUAUUUACAAUGGGUUACAUACUAAGCAUAAUUUAUAUAAGAAUAAUUUUGGUUCCUAUAAUAAGUAGACGCACUGUCAGCAUUUUUUUGUAUAUUUAUUAUUAAUUGAUAUCUUACCCGUUACUUAAGUACAAUCUGUUAGAGAAUAAUAAUCAUAAUAUUUUGUAAAUAAUCGAUUUGUAUAUAUAAAUGUAUCGUCUAAGAUAUUAUGUACUUAAUUAGGGUACUUUACAUAAGUAUCGUUGUAUUUAGCUGCCCAUUAUAGUUUUGUUAUCAAAUUUAAAUCAUUCAUACGAAAAAUAUCACAUUUAUUAUUGCAAUUGUUAAUUAAAAAUUAGCACUUUGCCCACAAUACUUGGGUAAAUCGUCCUUUUGAUCCAAGACAUGGUCUAUCUAUAACCUAGUCUAUCGAAAUCUGUUAAGCUGUUUGCGAUAUUGAAGAAAAAACAUGUAUUGAAAAUUGUUUUGUAAAGUGUAUGUCAAGGAAAGUUUGUCUAAAUCAAUCUAAAUAACCUUCUUCUAGCUUUAUAGAAUAGAUAUCCGAAAAACAAAAUUGAUCUUGACUCCACAUAUAAAUAUUUUGCCUGCACAUUGCAAAAAGGCAAAACUCAAAUGUCGCAUGAAUUACAACUUUAUAAGCACACACAUAAGGAAUCAUUUUCGAUAACCGCACAAUGGAGAUAAGACCAUUACGUUUAGAACAGAAUCACUAUAUGAUAUGUAUGUACUUUUAUAUAUAUAAGUGUUAAUAUUUGGUACUUACAUACUGUUGUCUGUCUGUAUUUAGCACAUACAAAAGUAUAAUGGAAUUGUAUUGUAAGAAUAAAAUCUAUUCGAAAA